GUUAUUUAACGAUCGAUCAAACGUAAACAAGGCAUUAUUAUUUUAUUCGAUUAAUUUUAUUUGUAUUUCAAUGCUUGUAAGCCGUUAAUUAAUUUUAAAACUGUUUAAAGUUGUGGGGGAAAACGACUUGGUUUAGAAAAAUGCGUCAUGCUAAUAAGAAAAAGGUUAUUUACUGUGGUAUAAUCGUUAUUACGCUAUUAGUUUUGCUGCAUCCAGAUAUGAAUGCCCGCCGUUCUUACGAGUUUAUUGAAAAAGAUAAUAUCCUUCGUAGCCUUCAUGAGGCAACUGCUGACAAUUUUACUAGUUCCGCUGUACUUGACUGUGAUUAUUACGACAUUAUACACGAUGAAACUACUCUGUCCAUUAGUUUAGUAGACGGAGACUUAAUUGAGGGCCAUAGGAUAAAGGAAGGUGGAGAAUACGCUCCGUCUGAUUGCAAACCCAAGUAUAGUACGGCUAUUAUUGUUCCUUACAGAGAUAGUGCUGAACAAUUACGUGGGUUCCUAGUGUACAUGCAUACAUAUUUCCAUCGGCAACAUAUCCAUUAUCGAAUCUAUGUUGUUGAACAAGUGGACUCCCGUCCUUUCAACCGAGCCAAGCUCAUGAACAUUGGGGCUGUAGCUGCUAUGAAAGCUGGCUACCCUUGUUUAAUACUUCAUGAUGUGGACCUCUUACCUUUGAGGCCAGCCAACCUCUAUGCUUGCACUGAGAGACCCAGGCAUAUGUCAUCUAGCAUCAACAAAUAUAGGUUUGUCCUACCAUACUUAAACCUUGUUAGUGGUGCAAUAGCAAUUUUAUCAAAGCAGUUUAAAUCUGUAAAUGGGAUGAGCAACGAGUACUAUGGUUUUGGUGGUGAAGAUGAUGACUUGUACUCGAGGUUGGAGGCAAGUAAUCUGAAACUGUGCAGGUUUCAGCCAGAGACUAGUCGGUAUCAUAAGGUCUCAACUAAACCUGAGAGAAAGGUAGAACAACGAAAAAAGGUGAUAAAUUUCACCAAGGAAAGGAUGGCAACAGACGGGUUAAGCUCACUACAAUACACAGAGGUAGCCACUGUUCUUCAUCCACUCUUUACCCAUAUCAUGGUUGACUUGUAGCAUAUCAUUUAAUACUACAAUUACACACAUUUCUUUAGGUACUUUGUUAAAUAAUCCUACUCAUCUAGCCUGAUCUUACACUCGUAAGUUGCUUCCUUUAAAAUUACGUAAGUAAGGGUGCAAGUGGCUUGCGCGUGUUGAGGCACGUGCGCAAGUUACAUGCGUUUUAAAAACGUGCGGAUAUAACGACUCGCGCAUGUACCAAAGCAAAAUACCCACCCGCGUGCUUUUGUCAUUUGCGCAUGUUAACUUGCUCCAGACAUGCACCGUGUAGACGCACCCUAACUUCCAUUAAUUGUAAGAAGUUAUAAGAAAUUACUAUAAGCGACGUGGUCGGGACGGCGACAAAGGGGUUUUACAUUUGUAAAUGUAAUAUAAGCUACUUACGUGAGUAAAACUUACAAGUGUAAGGCUAGCCUAAAGUAAGAUAAAUAUUUAUUUAAAAAAGUACCAAAUCAAAUGGACUAUAGAGUUACUCAUAUCACUUCCUGUUCAAUUUCGCUUUAAUUACCUGAAAUUUUAAGACCACUUUAAUAUAAGUAGUGAGUUAGUAAGCUAGAAUAUUAGAAAUUAAUUCUUGAAACAAUAAACUUUAGACUCAAUUUCAAAUAUAGCUUGACUUGAAUAGAAGAUAGAUUCCAAAGCCAUAGUUUAGUUCAAUCAGACUACUGAUUAUAAUUAUAAAUUCACAUAAAAAUAAUAGUUUACAAGCAAUGUAAGGCAGAGUUGUAGAAAGCCUGAAAAUAUAAUAAACAAACGUUUUUAUUUACAACGUUUUUAAAUACACACAAUUUGGGUGUAGGGCAGACAGACAACUACUUUUUGAAUACUAUUUUUGUUCAAAUGUGGUAUUUCCAUAAUUACUGAUCUAUGAUUUCCUAACUACAUAAGAAAUGGCUUUUAUCAAAUCUGCCUUGAUUAUAAUACUAGUCAUAAGAAGACCAAUACUUUUACUCAGCUAAACCGCUAAUGUUCCUAAUGUCAUUUCAAUCUAAUUAAAGCAAUACUAUUAUAAUAAAACAUUGUGAUAUUCUUGUUGAGGGAUUGAACGAUUUCUGUCCAUAGAGUCCUGUAGUUAAUUAAUCUAGUGCAAUUACAUCUACAUAAGUCUUAGUAUGUUACUAUUUAUGAGAAUUGAUUGUUUGAAAACUUUUAAAGUUGUUGACUUGUACUUAAAUUGUUUCUAUCAAUAAGCAAUUGUUUAUUCAAAUGUAUUGGAAUUUUAAUGUUUAUGUUAAGACCACUUGGAGUUAGGUAAAAUGUGAGUUUACGCUGUUUUGGAUGACGUCAGAGCGGUACUCGUACUUUGUGCCCCCUUACGAUACUGAAUGAAAAUUACGGACAUACGAAUUUCUACUUUAUGAUGAGAACAAUAAGGUCUCAAAUUCAAUAACCAGCUCUGGCGUCAUUAUCAUAGCGUCAAAUGCAUUGUUGGUAAGAUGUAAAAAGGAAAUGAAUUAUAGAAACAGCAAUUUUUGCAACUAAAACUGGAAUAGUGAUACUAAUGAAUUGUUAAAAUAAAUGAAAUAGAAGAGUCAUAUCAGUGAAACAAAGGAAUUUGAAUGAAAUUGUACCUAAUUGGUAGGUAAUUAUAAUAAGUAGAUCAGUUGGUAGGUAGCUAGGUUUUGACGUCAAUAGUGGUUUCUAGUAAGGUUUCAAUUUUAAAUUAUAAUAGAAAGUCCAUUAUUUUGUAAAUGACACUGUUAUUGCUGCUAACGUAGUCGGUUACACGUUUUACAAUAAGUAGAAUUUAAAAUUAAUAAAUGCAUAAAAAUAUCGUCCUAUAGAAUAAAAUAUCAAUACUAUUCAAUCUCGCUGUGUCAGCCAUACUUAUCUAGCAAAUAUUUAAAUUCUACGUUACCUAUUUCUACAAAUGAAUGUAAAUUCAUCCGUCCAUCGUUUGAGUACAGCUUUUCCAAGUUACUAAACCACCAAAACGAAUCAGAAUCAAACAUGAGACCAUGAGAGCACAAUAAUACCGCUUGCUUGGCAACUACUGCAGUAAAGAGUAAUAAGUACAGUUCUCAAUAGAGAGUUCUUCACUUAUCAUUAUUGGACUGUAGAUCUACUUUUAUAGGCAAAUGACGUCACUACUAGAAAUAUUAAGCUCUAAAGCUAGUGGUACCUAGUUUUUUUCCACUUAGUUUCAUAAGCAUCAAUAUCCAGCUAGUGCAUUUGCUCAAUCAAGCAAGAAAUUUAUUUCUACUUAAAUAAACAGAAUGUACCUGUAUGAAUUUGGUAGAAAA